AUGCCAGUCGGUGAAUCGGCAGCAACUCUUGCUGCCACAGAAACUGCUAAAAAACACGAUUUUCGUGGCGCAGCGACAUCUGGGAGUGGCGGAGAAGAGUUGGAACGUAGCCACAGCACGCCUGUCUCAACAACCAGCGAACAGGCAACCAUUUUUUUUUUUGCAUGUGACAGCAUCAUUUUUUCACCGAUUUUUGAAAUAGUGAUUUUCAUCAGUAAUGCAGUGAGUCAGUCAUCAUCCGGUGUAGCAAUUCAAGCACGGCAGCCACAGCAUGACGUUGAGGUUGGAUCAGAUGUUCUGCAAUCGAGCAAGCGACACCGUGGCAGUCCUAUGGAGCAGGUUUCGACAACUGGACGUUACAUGAGAUCUGGUGAUGAAACAGGCAGUAGUGGCGAUUCGCGAGCUGUUGAUGAAGCUGAACACGAACAGCAGGAAAAUGUGGAGACGACCAUGGCGACAAGUCUGGAAGGCGGCAGUGCUGUAACUGGCAAUGUAAAGAAAGUUAGCAGGAGUAUGUUCGCGAUUGUCGGAGUGCAGGAGCCAGGUGCUGAAAUAAGCAACGAGCCAGUGGAGGAGCAGGCUGAGAAACGAAGGCGCGAUGAAGAGGAGGAAGAGCAGGAAGAGCAUGAACAUGCAGUUUUGGUGGAUGAGGAAGACAGCGCUGUGCGUGAAGCAUCUGCAGAUGAGGACAAUCUCAGCGAUGAGGCAGUUCGAAGGCGUACAGAGGAAUCAAGGGUAAACUUUCAGGGCGAUGAAAUGCUGGAAGAAGAGAUGGAAGACGAGAGGUCUGAUGCAGAAGAGAUUGAUGAAGAAGGGGAAUUUGAUUUACCGCCUCCUUAUAGAAGACCCACGUUCCAUCCACAGCGAGCCAGACCUCAUCUUGAACCAGCGAAUGAUGAGAGUGACGAUGAUGAUGGUGUUAUACUGAUUGAGGAUGCCGGUGAAAUGGAGCACUCGCAUUCAUCUGCAUAUCUAUCAAUUGAUGAGGCACAAGGCGAUGACAGAAGACACCCUGAUAUGGAAGCAGGCGCAGCUGAGGCUGGUGAUCCGCGACAAGGUGAACAGUCAGUCCGGUCGGAAGCAUUUAUUCAGAGAACCGGUGAUGCCACGGAUUCAACAUUGUUUCGUACUGGUGACGAUGAUACCAGUCGUUCCGACAACUCGGAGGCUAUGUAUGCCUCAUCCGGCGAAGUUGAGCAGAUGCGAUCACGUUCGCUCGAUAACGUCCUACAGGAAAGCGCUGAUGUUGUUUCUGGUUCGGAGCAGCUUCAAGCAGUUGUGCACGAUUCUCCACCACUUAUUGAAAAUAUUGAAUCUGAUAGCCGCGGUGCAUCGAGCACCGUUGCUCCAACAGCAGGCACCGACGACGACAACGGUAGUACUGAAAAUGUACUUGUGAUUGAUGAGGAGGAAAAUGGUAACGAAGUGGCGGAGGAAGAGCAAACCGAUGACAGAGUCGAUUCAAUUGAUCUGAUGUGGUAUAUCUGGGAAGUGCAGUUAUUGUAA